AUGUGCAUUUCUACCACCACCAACUGUUUCCACUGCGUCUCUCCGGACAAGCAAUACAAUGCAACUGUCCGUCGACAACUCGCCACACAAACCGAUAUUUUCUUCUAUCCACUUGGUGUAAAGUCACAUUACUGCAGUGAAUCCAUAGACCCAGAAUAUCCUCAUAUCAUAGAAGGCGAAAUUUGCUCAAAGUAUUCCAUGUGUAUCACGUUAUUCCCGAAUCUUCAAGAUUCCACAUUUAUGGUUCGUGGCUGUUUCGAAAGUAUCCUCCGUCAUAGCCGUCGAACCGAAGAACAACUGCAUCAAGACGGUUGCUAUCUCCUCCGAUCUCUUCCAAUGUACUCUAACACUGUCACAAUGGACUACGUGGUUUGCACGUGUCAUGGUGACUACUGUAACACCAUGGGUAUGCCUGACGUCGUGCCGAAACCGUAUUCGUUUGGAAAGUCUAAUAUUCUGAAAUUGACGAUGGCCGAGGAGAGGAAUGCACUUCAACUUGCCACAUCGGCUACUUCUACUUUUAAUGUUUCGCUAAUUUCGAGUUUUUUAAUGAUUUUAAUAAUGCCAUUCUGCUGA